CUGCAGGUUAUUUCAUCCUUGCCUGAUGAAUAUUAGUUUUUUUCUCCCAAAAUCCUCAAUUUCCCGCUUGUCCUCUCCACCUAGAAUCCUACCUCGAGAGAACGGACAAGAUGCAGUGGCGCUCUCUUGCAGCUCUGGCAACGCUCUUGUCGGCGCGCGAUGUCGCCUACGCGCAGCAGAUGAUGCGAUUCUCAUGCUCGAAACUCACGAUCGAGCGUCUGGACCCGCUGGUUUCCCCUGGAAUGAUUCAGUCUCCACACAUGCACCAGGUCGGUGGUGGUAACUCAUUCACAGCAACUAUGGCGCCUGUUGAAUAUGACCCAGUUGAGAAAUCGACUUGUACUUCGUGUAGCUUUUCGGAAGACUUUUCGAACUAUUGGACCGCAAACUUAUUCUUCAAGAACCGCAAUGGGACUUUGAAACGUGUACCGCAGCUGGUGAAUAUGGGUCUCAAGGCCGACGGCGGGUUGACCGUGUAUUAUAUCCCGCCGUAUGAUGGGAAGAGCAAUGUCACGGCAUUUAAGCCGGGGUUCCGCAUGCUAGUUGGGGACGCGACGCUACGGCAAGCCGAGGGCCAGCAGCGCCAACUUUGCCACCGAUGCUUUGCUACGGUCAACCAAGUGCCUUUCGGAGGUGCGCCCUGUACGGGUGACGAUACGGCUUCCCUUCCGCCUAAGAUGUGUAGUGGUGGUAUUCGCACGACGAUUACGUUUCCAACCUGCUGGGAUGGCGUGAACGUUGACUCGCCCGACCACAAGAGCCACGUCGCAUACCCCGAAACAGGAACAUUUGAGAGUAGUGGCCCUUGCCCAGCCAGUCAUCCCGUCAAACUACCACAGGUUGGUGAAGUUCAAUUUCAUCUCUCGAUCCGUUGAAAUUUAUUUAUUUAUCGUUGGGCGUUAAUGAGCUAAGUCAAUAAUCUCAGCUUAUGUACGAAAUUAUUUGGGACACCCGGCAAUUCAACGAUCCUGAUCUCUGGCCCGAAGAUGGGUCCCAGCCUUUUGUGUAUAGCAUGGGAGACGGUACGGGUUAUGGCCAGCACGGCGACUACGUCUUCGGUUGGAAGGGUGACGCACUGCAACGAGCUUUAGAUGCGAGAUGCAGUAAUGACCGGUGCUCAGAGCUUAAGUCGCAGACUGCGGAAGAAGCGAUGCGGUGCACGCUCAAUCAAACCGUCCCCGAGGAAUAUGAUGGAUGGUUGUCUCAACUUCCUGGAAACUGGACCAUCACUUAUAAUUGAAUUGGAAGUGGAAACGGAUUGGAUACGGA